AUGUCUAGGCACGGAGUUUCGCUUGAGACACUUAAGGAUUGUUUCCGUUUUCUGCUGGGGUUGAGAAAAGAUAAGCGAGUAGAAGAGGCGGCAAGAGCCCUGCAUGGGCGUAUUAAAGGCAAUUACAAAGACAGUCAGCAUAUGGGACAUCAAAUCGUCCCAGAAUUGUCUGCGUUUUUGCAAAAUGUGUUGGAGUUUUAUCAAAAAUUGACAAGUUGGGAUGCCGCUAAAAAUAAAACACUUAAUCUUGGAAUUAUUUCACCAGAUGACAUCGUCAAUGCCCUUGUAGAAUGCAUUCCGAAGUUCCUAGCGGCGAUGUAUUAUUUGUGGUACAAUGUGGAUUAUGCGUUUGAUAGAGUGGGAGGAGCAAAGUGGAGGGAUGACUAUAAAGGGGUAGACACGUGGAGGUGGGAUUGGAAGGGGGUGAGGUGGAGGUACGGAGGAGGCCUGCAAAAGUAUCUCACUGCGCAAACUGGCAAUCACACAUAUGACGUAAUUCCUGGCGGUUUCGCGACUGGCGAAAGUGAUCUUGCUUAUGACAAUGGUUACAGCCAAGGGCAGGAUAUGACUACGGACCUUAGAAAAAUCUUGAUCAAGAAUGGUAACAAUAUUUUCCGCGACAUUUUGGUCAUUUUGAUGUUAUCCACAAAAUCCAAAGUUGAGAUCCAGAAUACCGGAAACGCUGUGGCAUUGCUGAGAACCUUUUGUCAUAUUGUGGCUGAUGCUGGCACGAAGGAGGAGGCAUUAAUCAAAAAUGCUGUAACUCCGGUUGGAAAAUGUAUUGAAUGGUCGAAAUUAAAAAGGCAAUGUAGAUGGCUUAAAAAAGAAAUACAGAAUUUUUUCAAAAAAGAAGCCUUUUCGCACACCGGUCACUCUCUCGACAUUGAGAAACUUAACCAUGCUGAAUUCGCGAAAACAACGGCAAAUUGGUUGCGGAAACAUUUGUUGGACGUGCGUGAGAAUCUAGGCAAAAUUAACCGUGUGGAUUACACUUCCGAUAUGAUAUCGCAUCGAUUUUUCGCUACAAAAUAUGUUUUCCCUUACGGUUUUAUAUUUGGCGACACUGGCUAUGGAACGAUGAGUACGGAAUAUAAAUCUUUGAAACCGAUUUGGGGACAAAUCAUUGCUGUACUUAGCAGAGGUGAUGUUAGCGGCCAUCUCAUAAAGAUUAAAAGUAUUUUGGAAGGUAGAGAAUGUAAAGACGUAAGGACUAAAAAUAAAUCUUCGAAAAUUAAAAAACCAAAGAUUAUCAAAAAUACUAGCUCCGCAGGUCCCGUUAUUCCUACAACCAAAUUCACCAAGCCUGAUUUCACUGUAGAUAAUAACAAGAUAGCCGUUCGAACUCCAAACCAGGGCAAGAAGUCUGAAGAUGACGAAGAUGAGGAUGAUAGAGAAUCUGAGAGUGGAGAUCUUGCUGCCGUUCCCCCAAAACCCGAAGAACCGCCUGACGAGGUUCCAGAGUCCCCCAAGGAAGUUGUGCCGAAAAAGAAAGUUGCUUCAGAACCCAAGUCAACAGAACCCCUCGCCACCAAAACCGAGGUUACUAAGACUGAGGCCGCCAAGCCUGUGGUCACCAAAGCCGAGGCGGCGAAGCCGACUGCCACUAAAACGGAAGCUACUAAAACAGAGGCUGGUAAGCCUGCUGCCACUAAAACGGAGGCCACCAAGACUGAGGCUGCGAAGCCCCAAGCUAAGAAUGCUGGAGGAAGUACAGAUCAAAAUACUAGUCAAAGUGGAGCGAAACCUGGAACUACAUCAGUCGGCACAUCUUCAUCUCCGCAUCCCGGUGGUACAGGAGCUCCAGGGCCUCAACGUAAUGACGGCCCGAAAGGGCCUCCUGGUACAGGGGCUACAAAAUCUUCUCCGCCUAAAGAUACUGUUCAAAAGCAACAGUCUCCAUCUCCACCCCAACCAGCACAACCCCCUCCAGCCACUCCCCCCGGUCCUCCUGCACGCCCUGGCUCCGGUGUUAAGCCAGGUGGCGGGAGUAAGGGUCCAAAUGGCGGUGGUGGUGAAAGUCAGAAGCCUGCUACAUCACCAUCUCCUGCUCAUCCACAGGCACCAGGCGUUCCACCUCCAGGCCCUUCGUCAUCUGGUGCCUCUGGUUCCAGUCAUGGUACGGGGUCUCCCGGUUACGCUGGUCCAACAGGCGUUAAGGGGCGGGGUGCACCGGGCGGUGGUAGUCAAGGUCAACAGCCUGCUGUCUCACCACAGAAUGUUACCACUCAGCCUUCAAGUGGUACAUCUUUAGGCCCUGGGUCACCUGUUGCCUCUGUUCACGAUGGUGGUGCGGUGUCUUCUCCUGACGCUGGUGAACCGGGUGGUAAGGGGCAGGUUGCGCAGAGCGGUGUUGAUAAAGGUACGCAGCCUGGUGCUUCUUCACAGAAUGGUAUCACUCAGCUUCCAACUGCUAAAUCUCCAGAACCUCAGUCACCUGGUGUUUCUGUUCCCGGUGACGCUGGUCAACCUGAUGCUAAGGGGCAGGGUGCAAAUGGCGGUGGUGCUCAAGCUUCACAAACUGUUGCUGCUCCAAAUGCUGUAGCCACUCAGCCUUCAAGUGUUCAAUCUGAGAGGUCUGGUACACCUGGUGCCUCUGCUUCCGGUAGUGGUCGGGGCCAUGGCGGCGAGGCCGGUUCUUCUCGUGCUGAUCAAGGAAGUGGUCUAGAGUCGAAAUCAGGUGCAGGUGACAGUGCUACGACAUCUGCUGGCAAGGAUUCUGGCUCUGGUUCUGGUGUCGAUGGAAGGGAUGUGGAACCAAGUAAUUCUAAAGAUCAGACAACUGCGUCGGUUGAUUCUAAACGAUGUGCUAAGAACUUCAUAGAUAUUGGUGGCGGAUCAAAAAUUUGUGUACUUGAUCCCAAGAAAUCUAACCCGCCGAUGCGCUAUUUGGAUCCUCAGAAUAAGACUCCAUCUGACCCAAACUUUGACGAUGUCUGGGAAAAAGGAUAUAAGAAAUCCCUUAACCAGGAUAUUGAUAAGAAUAUACGAACAAAUAGGCGAAAGCAAAAUUUACGAUCCAGAACUACCGCCACCCUUUCAAGUCAGCCCAUCCAUACUGCUCCCAGACCUACCUCUCAGACUACCGUUGAACAUCCUGGUAAUGGACGUAAUUACUAUGAACCAGGUGGUGAAAGACCAGUGCAAGGGGUUGGGAGUGCAUACCGAAAUGCCACUGCAGAAACGCCGUUGGGCUUUAUUGACGGCACAGUUAUACCAAACGAUUCCGACAUUAAGAUAAAAAGGCUGAAAGACCGUAUUAAGUUGUUUAAUAGUGCCUACAACAACUCAUAUGCCUUGCAAAAACGGAAAGAGAAGGAAGAAGACGAACAACUGAAAAAAGAAUUCGAACAGAAAGAAAAGGAGGCAAAAGAGAGGUGGGAAAAGGCGCGAAACGAAGAAGGAAAGCGUGCAAAAAAGUAUGAUGACGAUGUAAACAGGAUAGAAAAGGUGUUAGAACAAGGCAAAAUACAGUCGGCCCAGAAAAAGUUGGAAGAGCAAAGAAGGAUAGAGGCCGAACGUAAAUACCAGGCUGAGAUGGAACAAUAUAAACGUAGAUUGCAGCAGCAACGCAUAGAUUUCGCAAACACGUUUGUUGGAGAUGUGAUAGCUAAUACACCUGAUUCACCGUCGUAUCAAUAUGAUGAGCGAUUAUUUCCCCUUGUUGAUGGCAAUACCAUACCAUACAAAUUUCAAGUCAACGAGCAGCAAAUGGAAAGCUCCAAGCUAUAUGCUAACCAGUUGGCAGCUAAGCGACUUGUUCGUGCUAAGUAUGAACAAGAAAACGAAAAUGUUAAUGAAGCGAUACAAGCUGCAGAAGAAGAGAAGAAGAAAGAUGAAGAAAAGUAUGCAUUGGAUCAGUUCAAAGGCAGAAAAGAUUUUCUAAAAGAUCUAUGGCGAGUCGAAAAUUUCCAAGUUUCACAGCCACAAGCAGAUGAGCCUCCCGAGACCGUGGACUUCGAUGACAUAAUUAUACAUCCUCGCGUUUUCACCACGCCUCCACUGGAAACUCACGAUCCGAUUAGACUUUCCAACUAUAUGUUAGAACCGUUGCCAUCGAACGUGUUGCUUGAAAUUAGUCGUUCUCGGCACGGUGAUUCUACAUUUAAGCCAGCCAAUUUGUCAUUUGAAUUUCAGAAAAAUGAUGCAUUAUCUUCACCAAGAUUUGCACCGAUUCCCUCUAAUAUAUCCCUUCAUAUCGCAACGCCGCCGAAAGACGAAAACGUUGAAAAUUCAAUACAAGACGCAUAUGGAGCCGGCAUCUCCAAAUCGUUAUUCAUAGACAUCCCCAAAUCUACACUCCAAAACGACACUUAUGACUUGGACAUACAUGACCCUCCACCACCCCCAAACCUCCAACCCCUUGAUCCAAUAGGCCCACCCACUCCCGCUAUCAAUCUCACCAUCCCACCAUUGUUGGAUCCGCAGAUUCCGCCGCCCGAAGACUUUGAUAAAAAUGCAAUCAAGAGACCGGACAUUGGACUGUGCCUCGCUCCCUGGACAACCCAUACACCCACGCACGGCUCCACCGACAUCCCCGAGACUGAGCUGUUACCCGCCGAGGCACCGCGCACCGUCCGGGAGAUGCUCACUUGGCUGGCGGGGAUUAAGCACGAAAAGCAUCAUAAGACUCUAGAACAAUGUAUUAGCAAGGCAUUUGGUGGUUCGCAGAGUGACCCUUCACAGCUUGCACUCUCCAUCAACCACACAAACAUCAGGCCCAAAGAUGUCUUCGACAUCCUCCAGCUUACCGCCAUGUUUGCAGACUCAGUGCUCUCCGCCAUUGCGCCUCGAUGGAGAGCGAAUGUGUCAUCAAGAUUUGUGAAGCCUAAGUCAUCUGACCAAUCCGAUGAACCUGAUUGCUGCGCUCUCCUCUGCCAGCUGCGUGACUACGUGUACGCCUGCCACUACCAGUUGGAGUUUCUGAAGUCGCAGUGUAGUCGGGACAAACUAAGCGGUGGGUGGGAAAACUAUGAGUACGGCAGUGAUGCCAAGGUACAAUCUCCCCUCCAGUCCUUCCUGACUGACGGCUGGGACUCCGACUUCGAGACUCACCCCUUCGACCCGUGCAACCUGUGCCGCAAGAGCCGCGUAAGAAUGGGAUUCAGGAAGGAUGAUUUACCUGAGAUAUCGCAACAGGGCAGUGUCAUUUCCUCCAUCCUCACUCCCAGCUGCGGCGGCAGUGACCCCUUGCUGACAUUGGCCUCCUACCUCAACUGCCUCACCAGGCGGACGCCGAGGACGACAGGGGAGCUCGUAUCGUACUUCCACAAUUUGGGCAAUUCGCUUCAUGAUAUGUAUUUAGAUACAUUGUCACCACUGGGCACUGCACUCGCCAAGUCACAUGCCGACUGUCCCGACUGGGACUAUCUUGGUCGCCACGACCUUCAAGCUGUCAAGGCCAUCCGAGGGUCCGAGAUUCUCACCACCAUCCACAACUCCAAACAUGACCAUGCCGACACUCUGUCUACACUGGUUGGCUGCAGCAGCGACUCUUCCAACUGCCAUCCACACUGCUCGCCCAUCACCUACCGGGCCUACGCCCUGUACUCCCAGAGCUUCGCCCACACCUACCUCAGCUGGGCGGUGUACCUGCCGGACAGGCUGUGGGAGUCAGUUGAACAGCUUUUGCACGAACUCAAGCAAUAUGACCAUACCAAGUGCGAAUCUCUCCACCUGUGUUCCACUGCCUUGCCCCUCCUCUACUCUCACGGGUUCACGCCGCCGGAGGGUAAAUCGCAGCCAACACUCACAUGUCAACAGGUCAUCGACAGGGUACAGGAAAUCGUCAACGGCAAGCCUAUCGCAAGGCUUAUGACCUGCAUGGACAAUUUCCUCUACAGAGUCCGGGAGCCAUUCAUCUACACCCUCGUGACACUCUGGUCCACCGCAUUCUUCUUCAUCGCUAACACGAUGCUUUACCGCCUGGACGUACUGCGCAUACGAUCUCACUUCACGCGCUCCAGGGGGUCUCACGUCAUCGAUGUCAAGGCGUUACUCACGGACGGCACGAAAAUGCCCUCGCUCUACGACAUCGACUACUUCGACGAAGACCCUAUCGGUCAACUUGUUAUUCAAUGA